GGAUGUAACGAAAAUAUCCGAAGUGAAUUGUCGAGUCGUCACAGAAACAACGGAGUUCUUGUUAUGAUUUUUGGCGAGACAAAACGAAGGAACACGCCCCAAAGUUUCAAACUCUUUUGUUAAAAAAUAACAAUUAGCAAUUAAUUAAAGAACAAACAAAAAAAAACCAGAUUGGUGAAAAGAAAAGCAGCUCGGAUAACGGACAGAGUCAACAACUAUUGAAAAGGUUGGAAGAGGCAAAGAAAACUUUAGGAAAAAUAGGUAAUUAGCGGAAACUUUAACGGUUUAGAAAAUUAUUUUCACAGAUCAUGGACAUUCUAAAGUUCUGUUUGUCUGCAUUAUUUUGUUUGGCAAGUGCGGCAAGUUAUGAAAUUAAGCAAAGUGGACCUGCUGUGCUCAAUGGAAACCUCACCCUUUCGAUAACAAUACCUAAUAUGAAACGACCGGUGGUUUGGAAGUGCCAGAAUUAUAAAUAUGAAUGUGACAGGACAUGCGCUGAUGGCCCUGACUAUAAAGUGACUCAUUUAGGAGAUACCUCCACGCUUUGGAUCAAAAAUGUAACUGAGAAAUGUUUGACUUGGAAAUUUGAAGAUGACAACCUUAAUAUUGGAAGAAUUGAUUUGGAGAUAAAGAAUUUGUCAAGGGCACAAAAGUAUAAUAUCACCCAAAGUGGAAUUGCUGUGCUCAAUGGAUGUCUCACCCUUACGAUAACAAUACCUGAUAUGAAACGACCGGUGGUUUGGAAGUGCCGCAAUUAUAAAUAUGAAUGUGACAAGACAUGCGCUGAUGGCCCUGACUAUAAAGUGACACAGGAUGGAGAUACCUCCACGCUUUGGAUCAAAAAAGUAACUGAGAAAUGUUUGACUUGGAGAUUUGAUGAUGACAACCUUAAUGCUGCAGACAUUGAUUUGAAGAUAAAGAGUUUCUCAAGUGCAAACAUUUACAAGAUCACCCAAAGUGGAAUUGCUGUGCUCAAUAGAAACCUCACCCUUUCGAUAACAAUACCGAACAUGAAACGACCGGUGGUUUGGAAGUGCCAGAAUUAUAAAUAUGAAUGUGACAAGACAUGCGCUGAUGGCCCUGACUAUAAAGUGACACAGGAUGGAGAUACCUCCAAGCUUUGGAUCAAAAAAGUAACUGAGAAAUGUUCGACUUGGAAAUUUGAUGAUGACAACCUUAAUAUUGGAAGAAUUGAUUUGGAGAUAAAGAAUCCGAAACCUAAACCUCAUGGACUAACUACACUUGAGAUUGUCGGAAUCAUUUUUGGCUCACUGAUCCUUGCUGCAAUCCUUGUUGGACUCGCUUAUUUCGGCUACAAAUAUUUUAAAAAUAACCAUUAGUAUAAGAAUGCUACAAUUUGUGUUCUUUUCAUCAUCAUCAUCAUCAUCAUCGUCUGCUUUCCAUGCUAGCAUGGGUUGGACGGUUCAACUGAUGUCUGGAAAGAAGAAAUAAUUCUGUUUAUCAGAAUAAGACUUUCACUGACUGCAUUGGCAUAGUUGGUUUUUAAAAUAAAUUAUAUCCAUAUUUUAGCAAUAUUUCUUCCAAAACUCUGCUCCGUCUUUUACUGGGAGUUUAAAAAUCUUAAAAGCUAUUAACUGUAUAUUUAUCAAUUUAGGACAACAACUAAUUUCAUUUAUAUAAUUAACAGACAAAACUACAUCAAUACACUAAACUUGAAAUCAAUAAAUUUGAAACCGAAGGAGCUGAAGGGAAAAACACAAACAGAAAAGGUCCACUUUUUAAAAUAUUCUUUCCAGAAAAAGUGAGCGGUAGCAGAUUCAGCAUGGAAAAUUACAUGAAUAUUCCAAAUUUGAAAAUUUUGACUGAAUCUUAGAAUGCAAAAGAAUGUGAUGUGUAUGUGUGUGUGUGGUGUCCCACCAACAUGUGCUAUUCCAAUAUAAUUGCAAUCUACACUUUCUUAAAGGUAUUUCUCAAAAUUUUCAUUUAAAAAUACCCAUUUUUCCAGAAGUUAUGAAGAAACAAAGUCGGUGGGGUACAUUUGCAUAUGUAUACCCAUUGCUUUAGCAUAAAUAUCUUCAAUUAUAAUCAAAGGGUCACUGCUUCCGUAGCCAACGAGAACAAAAUCCUUAAGCAUAGGAAAUGAAGUGUGACCCAUUUCUUCCACCUGUGACAUUUGCCACAGUGAAGUUCUUACCAUUGUUGGCGCCUCGCCUUACAGAAUGGGUUCGGUGAUCCCUAUAAGGGUACUUGCUGCACCUCCUGUUUGUGUUUCUUUUGGUUUAGGAUUUGUAUUUUAAUGUGGUAUUGUAUUAUACGUGUAUCAUGUAAAGACAUGUUAUAUAAGAUAAAA